GAUGACGUCAGUGACACCGGGCGGACCCCGUGACCGGAAGUUGUCAGGGGGAGGCGGAAGUGAAAGCGGGGAGGCGGUUGGGCCCGAUAAAGCCGACCGAGACGAGCGGGGGAGGGACAGCGAGGUUCGGGCGCGCGCUGUGCCACACGUAUCACGUUUAAAAGAUGACUUCUAGGAAGAAAGUGUUACUGAAAGUCAUCAUCCUCGGAGACUCUGGGGUGGGGAAGACAUCACUCAUGAACCAGUAUGUGAACAAGAAAUUCAGUAACCAGUACAAGGCUACGAUAGGUGCAGACUUCCUGACAAAAGAGGUCAUGGUGGAUGACAGGCUAGUGACAAUGCAGAUAUGGGAUACAGCAGGCCAAGAACGAUUCCAGUCUCUGGGAGUUGCCUUCUACAGGGGAGCAGACUGCUGUGUGCUGGUGUUUGAUGUCACAGCCCCUAACACGUUCAAAACCCUUGACAGCUGGAGGGACGAGUUUCUCAUUCAGGCCAGUCCAAGGGAUCCUGAGAACUUUCCCUUUGUUGUCCUGGGAAACAAGAUCGACCUAGAAAACAGACAAGUCACCACAAAACGGGCACAAGCCUGGUGCUACAGUAAAAACAACAUCCCCUACUUUGAAACCAGUGCCAAGGAGGCCAUUAACGUGGAACAAGCUUUCCAGACGAUUGCACGAAAUGCACUUAAACAGGAAACCGAAGUGGAGCUUUACAACGAAUUCCCCGAACCCAUCAAACUAGACAAGAACGACCGAGUGAAGGCUUCUGCGGAGAGCUGCAGCUGCUGAGGGAAGAGGGAGGGGUUGAGCACAGUCCUUCACAAACAAAUAUCACACUUAGGCCUUCAAACACACAGCCCCUCUUCUGUGUUUAAAAGCAAAAUUAAACAAAAUUCCAUCUCCAGCUGCCAAAAUCCACCCAUCUCCCAUGAGCAUCUGAGAGCCCAGCACUUCAGAGCUCACAUCCCCGCACCAUCCACAUCACACUUCAUGGUAACAGACCUUUCUCUUAGUUUAAAAUGGAAAUUCUUAUGUAUGUUUGGAACUGAAUCUAAUUCCGGGUGUCCAAUGGAGAGAAACUGUUUACAGGUAAUCUGUGUAACAAGUUACAUACAUUUUUAACUGUCUUGUGUUUCCCCCCCCCGUGAAGGCUGCAACUGGAAAGGCUGAUUACCCAUAGUUCAUUGCAAGCUCAGCACUCAGUCUAACUAGGUUGAGUUUUGUAUGUAUCUCUGUUAAUGCUUGUUACUUUUAACUAAUCAGAUCUUUUUACAGUAUCCAUGUAUUAUGUAAUGCUUCUUUAGGAGAAAUCUUAUAGUACAUGUUAAUAUAUGCAACCAAUUAAAAAUGUAUAAAUUAGUGUAAAAUUCCUGAAUUACAUGUUCAAGUACUGAAACACAGAUUGUGUAGGAAGUGAGGAGGACACUUGUGAACUGUGGUGUGCUAACGACACAGAGUCCAGAUAGAGGCAGUAUUCUGUACAGUAGAGAUGAACUAUGUCAGUUGUCUUGUUCUGAGGCCAAGAGGCUUUAUCUUCUGGAAAAUCUGUCUGGCUACCUUGUAUCUAAAUUCUCAGAUUUGCAUAACAGCAUUGACAUGCACACUGGAUUAUUGGGUUUAAAAUUAAAUACAGCUAUGAAACGACCUCACUGUUCACUUCCCCUCCUGCUUAACUCCUAAUGUCCUGGAGCGAGUCUGAGAAGGAGCCAGAGCUGGGGUGCUCCAGUGGUUCUCUGUGCUGUGGAAGGAGCUCCUCUCCCACCUGGGUUGUGGUAGCUGUUUCUCAUUGAAUGACCCGGACUAUGAAUCUUCCCUUUCUUCUUACUGACUGCUAAUCUGGAUUUUUUGGUAUGGGAAAAACUUGGCAAUCUAGUCCCUCUUCUCUCUUCCUUUCUUCCUGGUAUUUGUUCUUGCGUUUGUAGCUUGCUUAAAUGGAGCCCUUCUACCUGUUUUCCAGAGGUCUACAUUCUAGUACGUAGGCUGAGCUCUUAUGUAAAGAGACAAACAUGAUGCCAAUAAACUAAACAAGAACAAA